GCGCGACAAUUGCUAAGCAUGUAGUGACGGGGUCACAUUUCAAACAGCAUCACACCUCUCGUAUACACCUUAGGAAAAUAUUUAACGGCUUGUUUGACAAUUGUUUAUGUUUGAAUUGCGCUUGAAAUGACUUUUUUAUGUUAUUGUUUGGCUUGAUAUACCGUCCGUGUUUCGCUUUCGUGCUUAUAGUCGCAAAAAUUAUCAAUUUCUACACGUCCUAAAGCACUUUAAAGUGAUUACUUUCCACGAAUGAAUAUGUCUGAUCAUGGAAUUGACAAUUUGAUUCCAGCUCUCGGGAAUAAUAUUCCAACACAAAAUUACUUGCAAGAGUUACUCAGCACGGCAACCGAACUGGAAGCAGAAUGCUUGGAAAGGCAACAACAGCGACAAAAUGCAUCUACCAAGAUAGAUGCAGUACGAGCUCAGAUUAAUCAAGCUAUCGUUAAAGAAACCGAGUUGAAACGAACCCGUGUAUCGGAACAACUUAAUAAUUAUGACAAAAAUCAAGAACAUUCAAAACGUGCAAAUGAAAGGUUUACUGAACAGUUUGGUGAAUUGCAAAGAAUUAUGGGUAUUACUAUUGCUUGUACACCAGAACGGAAACAGGUUGAGAUAACAUUUAACGAUGAUCACAAAACAAAAGUUAAGCUUUCAUACAAUGACAAAGGAAUAACGGUGGAUGAAAUGUAUCCUGCACACCACAAGCUAGACGCCAUAAGAACGCACCUCCGCGAAACAGGCGAUCUGGUAGGGUUUCUUUCUGUGCUAAGAAAAAAGUUAGCUUUCAACGACGUCUGACUGUAUCGGAAAUAUGUGUUAAAAAUAAAUAUGUUUAUUCAACCCGCA